CGUACGGCAGGUGUAGUGUAGCCUGCGGUGACGCAACCGGCUUGUUCUGAGUCGUAGGGAGACGGUUGAGGUGGCUUAAGGGAGACGGGAGCUUGGUUCCUGGUGACCUAUGACCCCGGUUGAGAAGCCCCGCCCAUUAGCCCCUGAAAGGCGGACAGGUGGAAUUUGAAAAAAGAACAUCAUGAAAGAUACAGAAAUAAAGCGACUGCUGUCUGCCAAUGUUGUCUGUAUAUUUUCCAUUAUUUUAACUACUGUCAUCCCCUCUCUGUUUCUGGAGAAUUUCUCCAUCUUGGGAACACACCUGACAUGGUUGUGCAUCUGUUCAGCGAGUGUUGGUACUGUAAAUAUAGCUUUGUAUAUUAUUCUUAAACCAAAUCCAUCUACUAAAAGAAGUUCUCUCUUCCACAAGGUGGCAAAGCUUCUAAGAUGCUGUGUAUACUUCCUCAUGUCUUGUAUCCUAUUUCAUGGAAUCAUAGUUCUUUAUGGAGCACCACUAGUAGAUUCAGUCCUGGAGACCUUCUUAUUUGCAGUUCUUCUGUCUACAUUUACUACUCUUCACUGCUUGUGUCUCCUGGGGCCCAACAUUCACGUGUGGCUCAAAGUGUUCAGCAAGAAUGGGGCGAUGUCCAUCUGGGACAGCAGUCUCCAGAUUACAACACUGUGCAGUGUGGUGGGUGCCUGGCUCGGAGCAUUUCCUAUUCCCCUGGAUUGGGAUCGACCAUGGCAGGUGUGGCCCAUUUCCUGUUCGCUUGGAGCCACCUUUGGCUACGUGGCCGGUCUCCUCCUUGCACCUUUGUGGAUAUACUGGAACAGGAAGCAGCUGACAUACAAAAGCAGAUAGCUGGCGCAAAGAGAGUAAGCGGCUGAUUGCUGCUGUUGUGCCGAUUCCAUCAAGACUGUGCUGAGACUUUUAUAUGGUUGGCGCAGAGGGCGAGCCAAGCAUCUUCAAAGCAUCAUCAGGCUUCCCCUCACCCUCCUCUCGCAGCGUGAUUUGCAUGCAGCAGCAACGUGAUGAUGCAUCUGUCGUUUGUCCUAAAUUAUGUUACCCCUGAGAGGUUGUACUUUCCUUCCAGUCCGAAUAAAGUAUUUGUAACAGA